AUGGCCCUUUCUGCUGAGAGAAGGAGGUCCAAGUAUCUCGAGCUAAAGGCCGCUGUGCUACAAAAGGAGCUCGACAAGACAGAGACAUUGAGCGACUUUGAUAAAGCAUUCGACCUUCGUGAAGAGGAGCGGGCUCGCAACGACCAAUCUCGACGUCUUGUACAGAUUGCUAGUAAAGCCGAGGAGGAAAUGGAGACAGCAGAGCAGAACCUUUUGCAGUAG